AUGGCCCUUACUCCCACCAGUACUAUGUUUACCACAUUUACCAUGAUUACCAUGGCUACUGUCACCUCAAGUUCUGAAUCAUUAGAUGUUUCUUUAUCUAAAUCAGAAUUUGAUUCAAUUGGUUCAUUUAAUUCACAA